AUGUCAUUACUAGCACAUGUUUUUGUGAUUUUGUUCACGUUCACUGUCUGCAUACAUCGUACGUAUGCAUUCAUAGAUUAUAUCGAAGCAAAAUAUCCACUAAGAGGGAAACCAUCUGCACCGAAUGCACCAUGGCCACAGCCUCAAAUGUUAAAUGCUAGUUCGGAUUAUGUCUACAUCGAUCCAAACUUUUUUAUCAUCUAUUCGAACUUGAAGAAUUGCGAUAUCAUUGAUCAAGCUCUCGAACGUUAUAAACCGAUAUUUUUUCCUCCGAAAAUACCACUACAAAGCCCAAAUUCGUUCGACGACAGUCGCGUUCUCAUUUCAGUUUUAAUACACAUUCGAUUAAGAACAUGUGCUGUCUAUCCUGAACUUCGUGAUGAUCAAUCGUAUAAUAUAACAAUCGAAGAUUCCUAUGGAAAAAUUACUGCUGAAAAUGUCUGGGGUGCAUUGAAUGGCUUGGAAACAUUUUCUCAAUUACUUUUCAUUACAAAGGACAAUUACUUAGCAACUAAUGCAUCCAUCAGUAUUCAAGAUUGGCCUCGUUUUCCGUAUCGUGGAGUACUUUUAGAUACCGCGCGUCAUUACUUGCCAGUUCCAAUCUUGAAACAACAUCUGGAUACGAUGGCUUAUAACAAAUUCAAUGUGUUUCACUGGCAUAUCACGGAUGAUCAAUCAUGGCCAUUUGUAUCGAAAACAUUUCCACAACUAAGCGCAAAGGGAGCUUAUUCACCUGAUCAUGUUUAUACUCCUGCCGAUGUUCAGGAUAUCAUUACACAUGCCCGUCUUCGUGGCAUUCGUACUAUUCCGGAAUUCGAUACUCCAGGUCAUGUUGCUGCACUUGGACGUGCAUUUCCUGAAUUUUUAACUGAUUGUUACAAUGGUACUGUUCCUCGUCAAGCUAUUUAUGGUGUUCAUGCCGCACGAGAAAUUCUCAAUCCGACAAAUCCAGAAGUCUAUGAGUUCAUGAAAGCACUGCUUCAAGAAGUCAAAUAUACUUUUAAAUAUGAACCUUAUAUUCAUCUCGGAAUGGAUGAAGUGUAUCCUGCUUGUUGGUUAUCAAAUCCAUACAUUCGCAAGUUUUUAGAAGAAAAUAAUAUGUUUAAUUCGACGGAUUUAAUGACUUAUUACUCGAGUAAAAUCUUAGAAAUCAAUAGAUCGAUCGGUGCGAAGUCAAUGGUAUGGCAAGAUGUUUGGGAUGAUGGAGUGAAAUUGCCACCAGGAACUGUCAUUGAAAUCUGGAAAGAUACUACACUUGUAUCUGAAAGUCAACCAUGGUCAUACUAUCUAUCCAAAGCAACAAGUGAAGGUUACGAUGCCGUUCUCGCUUCGCCAUUUUAUCUAAAUAUGAUCGAAUAUGGAAAAUAUAAUACCAAUGAUUCAGUAAUGAAUUUAGAAUUUUUCAAAUGGUAUAAUAUCGAUCUAUUCGCUAACUUUACUGGUGACCAAGCUGCUCGAGAACGAUUGGUUGGUGGAGAAGCCGCACUGUGGGCAGAAUUUGUUGAUGGCACGAAUACAUUGUCUCGUCUUUGGCCACGUGCAUCUGCUGUUGCUGAACGUCUAUGGAGUUCUAUCGAUGUCAAGAACCCAGAAGAUGCACAAUUUCGACUUGACGUUCAUCGCUGUCGAAUGCUCAGACGUGGUAUUCCAGCUGCACCAAUUUUAAAUGGCUAUUGUGGUGCUUAUGAAGUAGGAAUGAAACAAUCAAUGGUGGAUGAACCUGUUUUCAGCCAUUUAACAUGA